AUGAAGCUGCUUCGGGCUUCGGCCAUCUCGCUGCUCGUAUCUCUGCUCCUCACAUCCGCGCCUCGCGGUCACGGUGCUGGCGGACACGAAGAGAUUCAUGGUCUCGCUCUCGCCUCGGUCAUCUCUCCCGCUCACCGCGCCUCGCGGUCAGACGCUGUUGAUGCUGCGUCGACCGUUGAUGGCCAGGACACUGCCUCGAACCUCCAGCGCGGCCACGACGGCGACGAGGCCGCCAAGCCCGCCACUCUCUACCGCCUCGUCAAGCGCGUCUUCUCUCGCGAGCGCGAUGACCAGCGACACGACAAGCGCUGGAUCUCGGACUUCACCGCACCUUCUGGCUUCCGCUUCAGCUGGGGCAUCGACGGCUCGCGAUGCUCGUACGGCACCUCGUCCGGACAGUACCUCACCCGCAGCACCAUUGUCGGAUCCAACUCGAUCGGCCAGACCGAGGUCAACCGCUGCGCUGCCCGCUGCCGCAAUGUGCCCGGCUGCGCCUUCUUCCACCCGAUCCAGAUGACUGGCGGCUCAGAGGGCAACGUCAUCUGCGCCCUGUACACGGACAAGCAGGGCAAGGCCAGCGCCACGUUCGGCGAGGGCACUCGUAUGAACGGCGGCAGGGUCGUUUUCUCGUACGGCUUCUCAAAGGGCGCCCUGCCGCACCACGUCUACGGCGUCGAGGACCACGUCGAGGUCGACCACCAGCACGAGGCCCACGACGUCGACUUCAACGAGGAGCUCGACGACCUCUGCCUCGACCAGGAGCUCAACCACGACGACCUCGACCAGGACCUCGUCCAGCUCCUCGACCACCUCUUCCUCUCGUCCGGCCACUACGUCUCGCUCGACCGCCUCGUCCACCUCGUCGUCGGUUGCUACGUCACGGUCCACGACUUCAACGCGCGCCGCCACCACCUCCAGCUCCACUUCGACUCGAACCACAACCUCGACCUCAACCACGUCGACGAGCGCCAGGCCCACGACGACGACGUCGACGUCGACCACCAGCUCAUCGAUCCGGCCGUCUUCGACCUCGACCACCACCUCCACCUCCAGCAGCGCGAGGUCGUCGAGCUCGUCUGCCCCGGCGACUUCUACCUCACGGCCACCUCGACCACGACGUCGACCGUGACGCCGGCGCCCACGUACAGCCUGAUGAGCAAGUACUCGGGCCGCAGGUUCUACGACAACUUCUACUUUUUCACGUAUGAUGACCCCACGCACGGCAAGAUCGAGUACGUCGGCCGCGACGAGGCCAAGUCGCUCGGCCUGAUCAGCAUGUCUGGCAGCCAGGUCUACAUGGGCUAUGCCAAGACGCUCAUCUGGCCGCCGACGUCGAGCGUCGAGCCGUCGACGUCCACGACGGCGACGGACUCUACGUCGACUUCGGUGUCACAGCUCUCUGUGGCGACGACGGCGACGACGGCCGUCUCAUCUUCCUCGACCUCGAUUUCGGCCGCUUCGUCACGGUCCUCAUCGAGCGCGUCUGCUUCCCGGACGACGUCGUCCAUCUCGAUCCCCAGCUCGACCUCGACGUCGAGCUCCCGCUCCUCGUCGUCAUCGUCGUCUUCUGGCUCGGCGUCGAGCUCGACAAGGACCCUGGUGCCCCGCCAGGCUACAUCAUCGUCGCCGUCGUCGUCGUCGACCACACCCGUCGUGACGGUGGCCUCGCAGACGGUGACGACGACCGAUGCCACCGUGACAGCCACCACCACGUCGACCAGCACCGGCGACUCGGCGACUCCGACGACGACGACGACGACGGCGGUGCCGACGCCGACGAUCCCGGCGUACAAGGCGGUGCGCGUCAGCUCGUACGACUCGUUCAGCGAGGGCAUCUUUGUGCUCGACGCGAGCCACAUGCCCGUCGGCUGCGGGCUGUGGCCUGCGUUCUGGACGGUACCCACCAACCCGGUGGGGUCGUGGCCCAACGGCGGCGAGAUUGACAUUGUCGAGGGCGUGCACGACUACUCGGUCAACACCUACUCGAUCCACACGGCGCGCGGGUGCACGGUGAAUGCGACGACCAACACGCAGCUGGGCACGUAUGCGCUGUCGAACCUGACGAUGGCCACCAACUGCGCCAGCUUCGAUACGGGCAACGAGGGGUGCGGCGUGCGCAGCAACCGGCGCGACGACUACGGCAAGCGGUACAAUGCCAACGGCGGCGGCAUCCACGCCAUGGUGUGGGACACAGACACGGGCAUCCGAUCCUACUUUUGGCCGCGGUCCAGCAUGCCCGCCGACCUGGCCUCGGACCAGCCCGACCCCUCGACGUGGGGCACGCCCAUCGCCUCGUGGCCCGCCACCAACUGCGACAUGGAAACCUUCUUUGCUUCGCACGUGGCUGUAUUCACCAACACGGCCUGCGGAGAUUGGGCUGGCAACGACGGCCUGUGGCACACGGCGCUGACCAGCCUCGGCCAGAAGACGAGCUGCGCCGCCCAGACCGGCUACAGCUCCUGCCGCGCCUACAUGGAGAGCGGCGAGGUCGACAUGAGCAGGGCCUACUGGCUCAUCAACAGUGUCAAGAUCUACCAGACCGAGCGCAGGUGGUGA